GCCCCAGCGCCUGCGGCGGCUCCCCGCUCUGCUGCUCUGAAGAUGGCGGAGCGCGCUGGUGGUGGCACAUCCCUGCGGGGGCUGCGGGAACGUAUGGUUGCUGCUGCUAAUGCCAUUGCUGAAGAAAGACGGAGUCAGGGUAGCUUUAGCGCUCUUCCGUCACAGCCCUCAAAUAUAAAAUCAGCAUUUAAACCAGUAUUAGAUGGAUCUGUGCUUAAAAAUGAUGUAAAGCAAAGAUUAGCAAAGGAGCGCAGAGAGGAGAAAAAAAGACAAGAUGAUGCUAAUAAAGAGACACAACUACUUGAAAAAGAAAGAAAGUCUAAGAUCCUAUACGAAAAACAGAUGGAAGAAAAGCAGCGAAAGCUGAGGGAACAGAAAGAAAAGGAUGAACAACGGAGAAUAUCUGCAGAAAAAAAGAGAAACGAAAAGUUACAGGAAGAAAGGGAGAGAUUCAAAGCUGUCCUUCAUCGUACACUGGAACGGAGCAGCCGUGUUGAUCAUCAAAAAAGAUGGUCAUGGGAAGGCUCUACAACAGUAAACUCUCAGAAUAAAACUGCCAACAAACAUUCUAUAUCUACUGAAAAGCUUGAACAGGGGACUUCUGGAUUACAUAAACAAAUGUCAUCUGCAAGUUCUCAAAAUUCUAUUGCCAAGAAAACAACAGAAAAGAGGAGAAGUUCAUCUCUGAAUAGAAGAUGUAGCAAACUGCAUUCAUCUACAGAACAAGUGGAAGAAAAAACACCUGGCAUCCACAAUAUAUUCCAAUAUGUAAACAUGCCCCUGCUUAAGCAUAGCAGUGAUGAAUUGAAGAGUACCAUAGUGCCUCACAAGUCAACAGUGGUAAUACCUCCCCAGGAGAAAGUAGACCCACCCUCCAAGACAAGCGUGGAAGCGGCCCCCAAGGUGAGUGUGGAAGUGCCCCCGGAGGUGAGUGUGGAAGCACCCCCCGAGGCAAGCUUGGAUGUAUCCCCCGAGGCGAGCAUGGAAGCACCCCCCGAGGCAAGCUUGGAAGUAUCCCCCGAGGCGAGCGUGGAAGCACCCCCCGAGGCAAGCUUGGAAGUAUCCCCCGAGGUGAGCGUGGAAGCACCCCCCGAGGCGAGCGCAGGAACACCCCCCACGAGUGUGGAAACAUCACCUGAGGCAAGCGAGGAUCUGUCCUUUGAGGCGAGUGUGGAUCCGUCCCCAGAGGUGAGCAUGGACUCAUCCCCAGAGGUGAGCGUGGACUCGUCCCCAGAGGUGAGCACGGAAGCGUCAUCUGAGGCUAGUGUGGAAGCAUCUCCUGAGGCGAGCGUGGAAGCAUCCCCAGAGGAGAGCACAGAAGUGCCCUCUGAGGCAAGUAUGGAGGCGCCCCCCGAGGCCUCCCCUGAGGUGACCAUGGGAAUGUCUUCCAAGGUGAAAAUGAAAGACUCUCCACAGAAAUCAGAAACGGACAAACAGGCCUCAAACCCGAUUACGAAGAAGCGCCUACCACCAUCGCAGAUACCGUGUUAUAGAUGGUCAUCUUCUCCUACAAGCAGGUGGUGUCCUCCAUCUCCCAUCAGUGCUAGCAGGCAAAUCCAAAAGAAUUGCCCCCCGUCACCUUCACCCGUCACGUCAAAACAGUCGACACAGUUUUCUUUUUCCUGUAGAGCAAUUCCUAUGCAGUGUACCGUAUUUGCACAAGAUGCAUUAGGUACUAUUGGAAUGAAAAGUGAAGCCAUCUCUAACACCAUUAACAGCUCUGAGGCCGCAAGCCAAAAGGAUAUGAUCUGUGAAGAGUCCGGUAAUAAAAGCACACCAGGGCCUAUGAAUGCCGAGGAGGCAACAAAAAUUUUGGCAGAGAAACGACGUCUUGCUCGUGAACAAAAAGAAAAAGAGGAAGAAAGACUACAAAAAGAGAUGGAACAAAGGAAAAUGAAAGACAUAGCAAAGAAAGCAGAUGAAGGCCAACAAGAGGAGUUCUCAAAAUUUGGAGAUGGGCAACCACCAAAGGAGAUAAAGAAGAAGAAAGGAAGUCAAGAACAAGAAGACCAAAAAGUAGAACUCCAGAAAAGUGACGCCAAAAUAAAAGCUCAGGAGGAGGCUGACAAACGCAAGAAGGAGCACGAGAGAAUUAUGUUACAGAAUUUGCAGGAGAGAUUAGAAAGAAAAAAGAGAAUUGAGGAAAUUAUGAAGCGGACAAGAAGGCCAGAUUCAAAUACCUCAAAGGCUACAGAAACAUUCAGCAACGAUGCAUAUGAGGAGGACGAGGCAGACGAUGAGGACGAGUCAGAAAGUGACAGUGAUUCCUUUGAUGACAUGCAUCCAUCAGCUUUUAUAAAUGGCACGGAGUCAUCCACAAAACCAAAAACACAUUUUAAAAACGUGAAGAACACUCGCAAGCUGGUGUUUUUAGAUGCGACUUCUAGCUACAUCCGUAAAGAGACAAAAACACUUUUAAAUUGUGACAUGAAAACCUUCAGACAAAAAAGAGUGAAAGACCCUUUGAAUCAGACAAAGAGUACCAGAUCCUCCACCAAAAGAACAGCCAAUCGAGCAGCCAAAACCGGAAAGGCAGAAACCAGCAACACCGUGGGACCUUCCAAGAGCUUACAUUCAGAGGCACAGGAUUGGGUCUGUGACAAGAUUAUUGACAUCACAAGCGAGAUAGAACCACCUAAGUCCAGUAUCCCUCCUGAUAGCCGAAAACACCAUCUGAAAGGUCCCAUGACAUCCUGCCUAAGUCACCAGCCGCCUAUAGACAACAAGAAAACGAGCAAAUCUGUUUCUGCUCGAUCAGAUAUGUAAACCUCAUCCAGCCUGGAAGAGAAUCCAUUCUCCACUCUGGAUUUUGACCUCCAGGCACAUCUCUCAAAAUUUCUCCACCUCCUACUUGAACCUGGCAAAGAAAAUGACUCUCCAAAAAAAAAAAAAAAAAAAAAAAGGGAAACAUCAAAACGUCAUCUUAACUUAUCUCAGAAGAUGCUCAUAUCAUCUUGACUCUUGCCCACAAGCAAGGGUUCUGAGUAAAGAGUCGUUUUGUUUUCCUGUAAAAACCUUCAUGUCUCUCGUUCUUGUGUUUUCCUACCAACACGUUUGAGUGUGUAUCAAGGGUGUCUUUAUAAAAUGCUAACUUUUGAGUUUCUAAGAGAAUCUCUACCAGAGGAAUAGUUUUUUCUCAGUAUAUAUUUGAAAUCUUAAAAUCACGUUUACUCCAUUUAACAAUUACUUUAAUUUACCAAUAAAAACUCACAUUUGAUCUUGUAGAGAACAUGAUGGCUUAUUUGAGGGCCUCAAGAUUCCUCACAAGAGCUUUGUUUGGAUUGUUCUUAAUAUACAAAUACAGAAGGUUGCAAAAUAUUAAAUCACAUUUUACCGCUAUGUACGUAUAUUUCUAACUCUGCCGUAGUCUGCCAGCCCCGUACACAGGCACUGAUACCCCCAAAUACUGGGAGUCCUAGAAGGUGUGAUCUUUAGCAUCUUCCCUGCUUUUGUCAGUGUUUCAUUUGGAAGUACAUACUGCAGUUUAUCUAUAAAAACAUGUUAUUAUUUUUAUUGUGUACAUAAGGCAGUAUUUGGCUGUUGUCUGAUGGGGUAUGUUGAAUUCCUCUAAAUGUUUACUGUGUAUAAUCUUUUUCUGCUUGUGCUCUCCAGGCCUGCCCUUCAGUAUACACUCAGGCUUGAGAUGUGGAAUCAAAAUUUGCUUGCCUUUCUCUAGCGGCUGGCUGCGAGUGAGUACAGGAGCAGUGUUAUUCUUCGGCCCCCUUGAUAGGCACAGAGACAUACACAAUGUACACGCACACAUGUGUACACGCACACACGUGUACACAGGAUAUAUGUUUCCUGAAAUCCAUUGAAUCCUGCUUAAACCAUUGACUAAAACUUGAAUUCAAAUUAGUGGUCCUAAUGCUAUUGAGUUCUCUGGUGAAUCACAAAUAGUUUGAAGCAGGCCUGUGUUCCUUUGUAGCCACCAGUCUUCAAUUAGUAAAAGGAAGUAGUUAUUCUUUCUGAUUCCCUAGUUCUUUGCUAUUCAGAGUACUGUAUCUUUGUUAUAGAAUAGAGCUUGGUGCCUUAGA